AUGAUGGUCCUGGAGGCUGUGGACCUUGUUGCCUGCCUCUUCAUCCUCCUGACUGGCCUCCCUUCCAACCUCCUGGCCUUCUACACAUUACUGCUGAACAUGUCCAAGAUAAUGAAAGUCCGCAAGAAGCCAGCCCCCAUAGACAUCCUCUUGUUCAACCUUACUGUUUCUGACAUUCUCCUUCUCCUUUUUCUCCCCUUCAAAAUGAUCGAGGUCACCUCCUACAUGAUUUGGCCUCUCUCUCCUCUGCUCUGCCCGCUCACCAGCUACUUCCUCUAUGGCAGCGUCUACACCAGUAUCCUUUUCCUCACAGCAGUUGGCGUGGAUCGCUACCUGGCUGUUGGACAUCCUAUCAGGUAUAAAUUGAACCGCAGGCCAGCCUAUGCAAUCAUGGCCAGCAUCUUCAUCUGGUUGCUGGUCAUCUCCCAUUACGGCAUUAUCUACGUUGCCAAACACCAAGAUCCAAAGGGGAGCCAUCCAAACUCCUCUAAUGCCUCCCAUUGCUAUGAGAAUUUCUCCCCUGACGUCAUCCUCCCUGUCCGCCUGGAAAUCUGCCUCGUCUUCUUCUGCCUCCCUUUCAUCAUCACUCUUUUCUGCUAUGUGAAAGUUAUCCAGAUCCUGAACUCCCUGCCCAACUUCCCAGCCUGCAAGAAGCAACGAGCCGUGGGCCUGGCCGUGGCCACUUUGGUCAGUUUUGUCAUCUGCUUUGGCCCCUUCAACGUUUCCCACAUCGUGGGCUUCAUACAGAACAAGGGACCUCCCUGGAGAAUGGAAGGUUUCCUCUUCAGUGCCUUCAAUGCCUCCAUAGAUCCUGUCAUCUUCUACUUCUCCUCCAAGGCCAUCCGUCAAACUUUUACUGACUGUUGGAACCGUAUGCGCCUCAGACUACAGACUUUAGUACCCUGGUGCCGCUGGACCUGCUGCCAAAGUCCAACCAACAAUGAUGAAGGAGAAGGAGCUGGAGAGUACUCGAGUUCAUAUCUUCAAGGUAAAUACCAAGUUAAUGUUGCUCAGACAGAAUGCCAAAAAACAAGGACCGCUGCACCAAGGAACAUAAAGACUCUGCAAGAUGACUCCCAGAAAGAAGUGGAAUGA